CUGCCACAAGGACAGAAGACUUGAACAGGACCCACUAACUGAAGAAGAAAUUCAAAAGAAGAACUUUUUAAAAGAAAAAAUUCCAUCCGGCUUGUUGAUAAUAUUUCAAACAGCUCUGCUUUGAUUUUUUCUUUUUCUACUUUGGAACUUUUGCGCAGCCACACUUUUACUUUUUUCUUACCUCAGACACUUAAUUGAAUCUUCAGCGAUGUUUCCUGAGGCAAACAAAGGCUACAGCUACGAGGACUGCAAGGCCACUGCUGAUUGGCUGCUGGCCCAGACGGACGUCCGACCCAUAGUGGGCAUCGUGUGCGGCUCGGGGCUCGGAGGGCUGGCCGACAUGCUGAAGGACCAGGUGGCCUUUAACUACAAGGACAUCCCCAAUUUCCCACAGAGCACUGUGCACGGACAUGCAGGACGGCUGGUGUUUGGCACCUUGAAGGGACGGCCGUGCGUUUGCAUGCAGGGACGCUUCCACCUGUACGAGGGAUAUCCAAUCCAGAAGAUCACAUUGCCGAUGCGCAUCUUCAAGCUGCUCGGUGUCGAGACAGUGAUGCUGACCAACGCAGCCGGAGGCCUCAACCAGGACUUUAAAGUGGGAGACGUCAUGAUCAUCAAAGACCACCUCAACAUGCCCGGCUUCGCUGGCAACAAUCCGCUGGCUGGACCCAAUGAUGAGAGGUUCGGUGUGCGUUUCCCCUGCAUGUCCGAUGCGUACGACAGAGAGCUGCAGCAGUUGGCCAUGGACGUGGGCCAGGAGCUCGGCUAUGGAGACUUCCUGAAGGAGGGCGUCUACUGCGUGCUGGGCGGACCAUCGUUCGAGACGAUUGCCGAGUGCCGCAUGCUGCACAAACUGGGCGCCGAUGCUGUCGGCAUGAGCACAGCCCACGAGGUGAUCGUGGCGCGCCACUGCGGCAUGCGCGUCUUCGCCCUCUCGCUGAUCACCAACCAGGCGGUGAUGGACUACGACAGCGAGGAGAAGGCCAACCACGAGGAGGUGCUUCAGACGGGGAAGCAGCGAGCGGAGCAGCUUGAGCGGCUGGUUUCCACCAUGGUGACCAAGAUCGAGCACAACAACAACUACGCCUAAGAGACGCCAGGCGCUUUAGUUCAGUGUUGUGGUACAACUCAAGGACACUUUAGGUGGAUAUGGUUGCCAUUUAUUGCUAUCGUGCCAAAGAAAAUCCCUCUUAUUUUGUCUUUUAGGUGAGCUGUUUUUUUUUGUCUUAGGUCAAAAGAUGAUCACCUGAAGAAUCUCUGAUGUAUAUGUAAAUUUAAAUAAUGCACACAACCUUUGUUUCAUGUCGCUGUGCCCUGCAUGACAUACAUUCCUCCACUGAGCAGCUCCAAGACAAAGUCGCUUCUCAGUUUCUUGGGGGGGUUUUUUGUAAAGAAGGCGUAUUUGUUCUAACUUAAAAUAUGUGAUCAAGUUUUAUAAAUGUCUGCAAUUUAACUUAACAAUGAGCAAAAAUCUGCUGUAAAGAUCUUAAUGUUAUGAUGUUGUUGAAAUGUACAUUAGCAGAUUUAAGGUAUUUUACUGUGUUUGUUUUUUAAUAUGACUUGUUACUAAAAGUACUAUUUAUUACUAUAA